AUGAUAAAGAGUGAUGAUAAUGACGCCAGCAGGAUGAACACCACUUUGGAGCACCAAAAUCGGUGCGGACUCUGUAAUAAGACCUUUCGGCAGAAAUCAUCACUCAUUAGACACGCUAAGAAAUGUACUCUGGAGCCUAAGACGUCUGUACGCCAAAAGGCCUGUAAGGCUUGCACAACAGCCAAGGCCCGAUGUGACCUCGCCCGGCCCGCGUGUUCUCGUUGUGCCGGUCGAGGCGCCGCAUGCAUCUACGUCCGACCUCCGCCAACCCCGGGCCCAAGCCCGGGCUCCUGUUCCGACGUCCCGCUGCCGACUGUAGCGCCAUCGUCGGCGGUAUCCUCGUCGGCAUCGUCGGCUCAUGGGCUCUCACCCUACGCCGCCGCCCCGCAGCAACAGCAGCAGCAGCAGCAGGCCAUGUCCUCCUCGUCGACAACGGUGGCGGCUGCGGCGGCAGCAUCCCUGGGUUAUGACUUUGCCAGCCUCGAUACCUCACACCAUGGCGCCCUGACGCCCGGCUUCUUCUCGUCGUCCGAGGAUGGUCUGGAAAUGUCUUCGUUUCUGGACGCGGGUAUGGGCUUGGAUCUGCUUCACACAACGCCCAGCGCGGUGCCGCAUCCCUCGCCGAGUGGUGACGGUCUCGACGAGUGGUCAUCACAAUCGGUGGGGAGACCCGGACCACAUGGCGGGGAUGCCGUGUUGAAGCAUAGUAUGCGCACGAUAUUUAGAGUCCUUCGCUCCUGGCCACGCAUGUUGGCCAAGGAAUUUCAGUUACCCCCCAUUAUCCAUCCUUUGCAGUUCAAAGAAGGGACGCCAAGGCCGCUGGCAAAUUGUAUCGCGUUGUGCAAGAUAUGGUCGGGCCAAUGUGAUGCCAGUGUUGGACCCGGAAUCGGUGGUGCCGUUCGUGAAGAACUCGAAGUUAUAUUUAACAAGCAUCGAACGUACGACCAACCUACCCUCCUCGCCGCCCUGCAGUCUGUCGUCAUAUACCUCCUCCUCUUGAUCUUUCCCACGCCGUCCCAGACGUCACAGUCUCUCAUCCCGCCCUCGCUCCUAAAUCAAAUCCAGGCCCUCGGGCACCACGUGGCCGCAACGGGCCUGAUCCUACACGAGGAGACGGCGCGGGCGGUCCCCGUCUGGACAGUUUGGGCCCACGUCGAAGCCAAACGACGGUCCAUGUGCGCGCUGCACCUGGCGCAUUGGGCCUACUCGGUGUAUCACGGGCCCCGGGGCGCGCGGUACGACGGCGGACGGGAGCUCGCGCGGAUGCCGGGCCCGGGGGCCAAGUUUCUCUGGAACGCGGCCGACGAACGUGCGUGGGCGACUCUGUACGGGCGCUGGCUCGCCCAGUGGGACGAGGGCCGCGAUUUUAUGUUUGCUGAUUUUGUUGGCAUCGAUCCCGAGGUUGUCAUGAAUCGCCGCGCUGAAAUUUGGUUGGAAGACGCGGAUGAGCUGGGGUUUUUAAUGCUGAGUCUUGUAAAUGCAACAGAGAGAAACAUGUCACGGGUUAUGAACGAGGUAUAG